AUGGCAAGCCCGAAGGCCGCUACAGCAAGUAGAAGGUGUAAAACGAGCACUAAUCUACCUCCUAGCCAGCGAUUGGACGAAACGCUUGACGAUUGCUUGAGUAUUCUGAAGAGUGCGUCACGGAUGGGCAUGGCCGUAGUUAUUCCUGACUUGAAAAGUAGAGGGUUCUGCCUUACGAGCCAGUGCGAGCCUAACGGGCUUCAAGCGAUUCAUAUAGCGUCUUCGAGAGGUCACGUGGACGUUGUCAAAACUCUAUUGCAAUGUGGAGUCUCCACAGCUGAGAUCGACGACGAUGGCCGUACAGCCUUACAUCAUGCGGUCUUAGGCAGACGUCUGAGUGUGGUUCGGUUGCUCAUGAGCUUGGAAUCGGCUGCAGCGGAUGUGAAUCGAGGAGACGGACGAGGAUGGAAUCCUUUGCAUUCUUCGUGCCACGAAGGACUUCCCGACGCCGCGGAAUUACUGCUGCGCUCGGGGGACACUUGCAGUGUGCUGACAGCCUUCAGCCUUUUGAAGGGAGGAGCCAGUGUAGACCGCUCUGAUGGGCGUGGCUACACGUCUCUUCACUAUGCAGCUAAAGUCGGUCACGCUGAAAUGGUUAAAUUUCUUAUCAAGGCGAAGGCGUCAGUGUUAAGCACAACCAAGCGUUUAAAUUCUCAGGCAUUGCAUCUUGCUGCCAUGAAAGGAAAUUUGGAGUGCAUAGUAGCGCUGGUGAGAGGGAGUGCUCUUGUAGAUUGCAAAGAUGUGGAUCAUUGGACUCCUCUGCAUUGCGCAAUUUGUAACGGUCAUAAACACUGUGCUAAAUUUCUAGUGGAACACGAGGCUAACGUUCAUAGUAGGACUGCGCAUAGGCAACUAUGCCCUCUGCAUUUGGCUGCUCAAGAGGGCAAUCUGAGUUGUUUACAGUAUCUCAUAUCUGUUGGUGCAGAUCCAAAAUCAGUUGACAUAGGUGGCUCAACGGCAUUGCAUAAAGCUGUGAAAGAAGGUAAAGUUGACUGUGUUGUAUAUCUUCUAUCAAUGACCAAGGACACCAUGAGACUGCAAACCAAGAAACAUGGACGGCAACCUCUCCACGUAGCAGCCGCUUUUGGACAUAUUGAAGUAGUUAAGGUAUUGGUUAAAUCGGGUGCUGACUUGACUGUACGAGAUGAUGAUGGUCGUUCUCCACUUGACUUGGCCAAGACAAAUGGACACAUGAAGUCAGUAAAGUACAUAUCUGAUUAUUUGAGUGGUUGCAAAGCAGCUGCACACACUAGGAGUGGUCAAGAAGCAUCUAAUAUAUCUGGUAUUUCUUCUGAUGACACUACAGCUAGAGCAAAAGCAAUGAUGAGCAUAUCGGAAGACUCUGAUAAUAGACGUGAAGUAGAUGAAUGCAACUAUUGGCAUGUUGGUGAUAAACGAGAACAGCCUGAAGGAAAACAAAACGAACCGAUUAGUGAUGAGAGUCACGUUAAGGUGGAACAAAUGUCAGCUAUAGAUCUGAGAGAGAUAGCACAAUACCUGGGAAGCAGUUGGAAAAUGGUUGGUCGUCGGUUGGGUCUAAUUGAUGCCCAACUACAAAACAUUCAAGCUGAUUAUCGUGAGUCUCAACUAGAGCAAGGAUAUCAAAUGCUAAUAAAGUGGAAGUCUCAGAUUGAUCAAAAGCAUGGUAAUCCUAAUACUAGUUUAGCAAGAGAUACUCUGAACCAAGCACUGGUAAAAACUGGAAUUAGACUAAAGUCUGUACAAACAUUAUUUUAAUAAUAUGAUGUAGA